UUCAGUUUUCCUCUCAACAUGGAAAAUAAUGAUUCAACUUAUGAUAGAAAUGCUGAAGUAAAAGCCUUUGAUGAAUCAAAAUCUGGUGUAAGAGGUCUUAUAGAAUCUGGAGUAACAAAGAUUCCACGCAUGUUCAUCAAUCCCGACCAAAAAUUUGACAUAAAUAUCUCAACAAAUGAUUCCAAUUUGAGUGUUCCAAUCAUUGACCUCAAAGAUAUACACAACAAUAUCAAUCGUGUAGAGAUAAUUAGUCAAGUUAAAGAUGCAUGCAAAAAGUGGGGAUUUUUUCAAGUGAUUAAUCAUGGAAUUUCUGUUGAUGUUUUGGAUGAAAUGAUUGAUGGAAUACGUAGAUUUCAUGAACAAGAUGUUGAGGUAAGGAAAAAAAUUUAUACUCGUGAUUUUAUUAAAAAGAAAAUUAUUUAUUAUUCCAAUAGUACUUUGUAUAAAGAUAAAUUUGCUCUUUGGAGAGACACUGUUGGAUGUUCUAUGGCUCCUGAUCCACCUAAACCAGAAGAAUUGCCUCAAGUUUUUAGAGACAUUAUGAUUGAAUAUUCAAAGAAAUUAAUGGAACUUGGAUCUACAAUUUUAGAGUUAUUAUCAGAGGCACUUGGUUUGGAUCCAUCUUACAUCAAAGAAAUGAUGUGUCCUGAAAGCCUUUUUAUUCAGGGUCAUUAUUCUCCACCAAGCCCUCAACCAGAAUUAACUAUGGGCACAACCAAACACACAGAUUCUUCCUUCAUAACCAUAGUUUUACAGAACCAUCUUGGUGGUCUUCAAGUUCUUCAUCAGAAUCAAUGGGUUACUGUUCCUCCUGUGCAUGGAGCUCUUGUUGUCAACAUAGGUGAUCUUCUACAGCUUAUAACAAAUGACAAGUUUGUUAGUGUUUAUCAUCGAGUUGUAUCAAGUGAUAAAGGGAUAAGAAUUUCACUAGCAAACUUCUUUUCAAAUUCAGAUUCAUCAAAGGUUUUGGGUCCUAUUAAGGAACUUUUAUCAGAAGAAAAUCCACCGAUCUAUAGGGAGAUAAGUAUAGCUGAAUUCAUGGCACAUCAUUUCAAUAAGGGGCAUGAUGGAAACUCUAUUUUGGAGCCUUUCAAGCUGUGAAAUGAACAAAUUGGACUCUAUAAUUAAACUUGAUAAAAUUUACUCUCUUCAUUCUCAUGGAGAUGGAAGUAUAAUAAUGUAUAUAUAAUUAAUGGUAGUGCCUUUUACAUGUUUUAUUAAGUAGUAAUAGUUUUCUAUAAUAAGUGACAUUGAUA